AUGCCGCCCAAGAAGGAGAAGGACGACGGCCAGGCCGCUAAGAAAAAGAAGGAGCCGCCAAAGGAACUCUGUGGCUGCGGUGUGGACACUUACCGUCCACCGCCGAAAGGGAAAAAGAAGCCACUGCCCAUUGAACACGGUCCAGGCUGUGUCUAUCAACGUACGACGUGCAAUGCUUAUCCAAAUCUCCCAAAAUGUGCUGUUUGUCUCAAUCCAUGUGCCUAUUGCGGUGGGACAAACCGUUGGUGUCCACACUGCUAUGAAAGACGCUGCACGAAUAUGUACAAAAGAGUAGUUCACGGUCAUGAAAAGAAAGAGGAAGUGCGAAGGGGGCAAGUGACAUUUAUUCUUGCAGAUGGAACUGGGGGUAUGGCGGCACAGCCUACCGGCUCAAAGAAAAAUUCUGUUGCACGUUAA